ACACUUUUUUUCUGAUUCGGGUUUGGUUUUGCACUGCAGUUUGGAUUGCAGCCGGAUCAGUUCUUUUCAGACAUUUUGUUCAGUUUCUGCUGCUGGAAUUAGAUAAUACGAAGAAAAUGGCGUUUGGUGACUAUCCCGCUGAUUACAACCCUAAAGUUCAUGGACCAUAUGAUCCCGCCAGAUAUUACGGCAAGGCGGACACGCCCCUUGCUCAGGUGAAAUUGGGAGAGUUUGGACAGUGGCUGAUGCGCCGGAAUAAAUCUCCACAGGCCAUGGUAGCAUGUGGCAGUCGUGCAUUCUGGAGAUGGCAGCACAAAUACUGUCAGGCCAAGCGGGCUGGGAUUGCUCCCUUUCUACAGGUAUCCGUUGCUAUGAUGGCCACCUUCUACUACUUGAACUACUAUACCAUGCGUGCCCACCGCACCAUGAAGUAUCACUAAUGAGUAUCACUGAAAGUCACUUAGCAAGGAAUUCGAAAUUGUGAAUCGGUUUACCAAUAAAUCUUUUUGUGUUAGCUAA